AUGGCAACUCAAAGACGCAGCCACAACGAUCGCAUCGCAGCCGGCGAAGAAAAAGAAGCUUCAUUCAAAGCUGAAGCCGUACUUGGGGAGAAGAGUAAUAUUGCUCCUGCUGUUCCUGCCCACAUAAUAUACAAACUCCUCGGCUUCACCCUAGCCAUGAUAAUCAUACCAAUAAGUUCCUAUUUCCUAACCUUGAAUUCUAUCUUCAGAGGAAACUCCACCUUCGCCGGUGCCACCGCCGCAAUAAUGGCAAAUGUAGUAUUAGUCGGUUACGUCAUCGUAGCCAUGAAGGAAGAUCAAAGUGAAGCACUUGAAGCUGCUGCUGCCAAAGAGACGAAGACGGAAUCGAAAAAGGAGUUAUAA